AUGACGCGUCAGUCUUCAUCGCCGUCAGACUCAUCUUCCUCAGACUUGUCUUCCGCAGACUCUGACGAUUCAUACCAAGAAUCCGAUCACAGCUCUCGUCCACAGAGGCGCUCGCAGCGAGAAACGCGCAGAGUCAGCUCGCGCGAGACUCGCCAUCAAGUUGCAGCCAGCAGGCAACGCCCCGCUCACCAGCUACACACGCCGCCACUACCAUCCACCAGACCGACUCGCCUCACCGCAACUUCAAGCCUUGGCACCCUCACACCCGUCAAGCCAUCCAGCUCCAGCUCCGCUUCAAGCUCCAGGCUGCCUCCCUCGACCGCCUUUGCGCGCUCUCGCACCAGCCCAUCCGAUGCAAGCACAUCCAGACUUGCUAAACGCAAAGCAUCCACCGCCAUCUUACAUGACAGCUCCGUCAAAAAGACCAAACAUCCUCUACGUCAUCCUCGACGAUCACGAUCCAUUGCCCAGGGCUCGGAUGACUUGGACGACUCGGACGACUCGGACGACGGCUUUGAGAUCACUGGCGCCAGUGGACCAGCCGCACUCCGUUUCUCCACCGACGUUUCGCUGCCCAAUGUAGCCCAGACAUCUGUCCCAUCCAGCCCAACACGACCAUCGCAGCCUGAAGACCAUAAGUAUACCUCCUCCUCAUCAUCAAGCGACUCAGUUGCAUCCACCUCACGCAUCAUCUCAGAUUUGGUCCAGCUGUCCCAGCAGGACAAAGAUGCGCGUACCCAAAGCGCAUACAAUGCCUUUGAGCAGGGCUCAUCGCUCGCCGACCACGUUGGCAACAUUGUGCAUGAUUUUGUCGCCACGCUUAGUGCCGAUCAUCAUGAUCUUGCCAUCACCCAACAAUUCCAGCGCAAGCUUGCAGACCUUGGUCGAGCAGUGACCAUCAGAGAGCUCCUCAACGACAUCCCCAUUCUUCCGCCGCACCUUCAAAACUACCUGUCUCUAGCCAUGGCUGUCUACGUUCACCACCAGAAGCGCGUCCGCAGCGACGAGCGAGCUAAGACUGAACAAAUCGGCGUCAGCAGCAUCGAGCCAGCUACCGACCAAUCCAUUUCGGCCGCCACCUCGAUAGUAGCCAAAACAGGCCUCGACCAAGUUGCGCAAGAACCAAGGUCCACUGCUACUGAUUUUGGCCCAGAUCAAGAACCCAUGAUUUUCACUGAUUCGGACACGGCAGCACCAGCGAUCCUGCAAGACCACAUUAAUGUUGGUCAUGACUCGACCGUCGAAUCGGUAGGCUCACCACAAGCCUUCCGCACGCCACCCGAGCAGCCCAUUGAAGCUGAGUCAACAGCGUUGGCGACUGAAAAUCAGAAGCAGCUCCACCAGCAGCUGACACAACUAAAUGAUUCCAUCGAUGCAGAGGAGGAGGACGAGCUUAUCAGUGAGGUGGACCAAGGAGAACAAGAUGCAUCCGCCGAUCAUGAUCGAGUAGCAGAUGCUGUCGAGCAGGCCGCGGUGGAAAUUCAGACCUUAGCUGGCGACGACCAAGUCGCUCUCAGGAUUCCGCCAAGUGGACUUGUCAAGAAGGCAGAGAAACCGCACAAGUUUUCAUUCGUGCGGGAAACCGAUGGUGUAGCUCAUUCUGCAGUCUCUCGUUCAAUCCAACAGGGCUUGGACAAGCAGAUCAAUGCUUCACCUGAAGCCGUGUCAGUCUCGGGAGUAACUCCUCAAACUGCUCAAGACAUUCAUGACAGCCUGGCUAGCGGUCUCAAGCCUCCCGCGAAUCCCGUCGCAGAGCAAGGAGCUUCGGCAGUCCCAGCGGUCAAACAAGCUCGUUUAGACCAAGGUGCGCUUCGUUCAGGCUCUAACGACGCUUCUAUCUCUGCCCCAAGCGCUACAAAUGCAACCGGCACAACGAUGCAAGAGGAUGGCAGUGCAGUAAGCACGACAAUUGAGAGUGGGGAGUCCACUGCCGGCCUUCCCGCUUCUGCAAUCGAGUCCGAGACCGCAGCCAAGGAUGCACCUCGAGCUCACGCGGUUCAAACUGGAAUCGGCGCACAAGAGCCGGAUAUUAGUCUGAUACAAGCAGAACCACUGUGCGCGGUCAAAGAAGUAGCGCCUCGGACGGCAGCAGCCACUGCAGCACUCAUCUCUGCUAAAGAGACCCAGGUGCCCUUCAUUUCAGCUACCUCAGAAGCUGUUUUGCCACGCGAUGAUGCGCGUGCAACACCAUCAGAAGUCGUCGGCAAUCGCGCUGCCGCUUCAGAGCCUCAAGAAACCAGAAACGACGCCGAGGCUCGCGAUCAGGGCCAACAAGUAUCCGGCGCGACCGCCAAAACGUCCACGGCCGUCGACCCGGCCCGAGCAUGUGCAAGCGACAAGCAAGCAAAAGGCGGAGCAACUGCAGAUUCUGUCACCGGCAGCAGGCCCAAGAUGAGCAUCAACGAUCGUAUGAAGUUGCUGCUGAAUGAUCUUGCCAAAGUCACAGGUCGCAAGUCCUCCUUCGAGACGAUCCAGAAGCUCAAGUCGCUGCGUGCCGGUCAGUCGACACCUCGGACCAUCCCAGACCAGGUGGACAAGUGGCAGGAGCCGGCACAGAUGAUCCCUUGGACAUGCUUUCAAGAGCUCGGACCAGACAUCUUUCACAAAAGCGCGCACAAGUACAUGCAUCUGUCGAUGCACGAGCUGAUGGACAAGGUGUCCAACACCAGAUCGGUUAGACUUUUGUCGGAGAAGCUGCUGGAACGCGUGAUGACACGAGCGUUGAUGGAAUUUCCUCGCAUUCCUCAUAUGCUGCACUGUUGGACCGAGGAGAAGAGAAAGUAUUUCGCAUCGCGUAGUCUGCCGCAGCCUACGGACACGAAACCAGAGUUCAGGUUUGCAGAUGAGGAGGAGCAGGAACGAAGAGAUGUGGAGACAGCAGGAAGAAGUUCGGUCAGUGCAGCACAUAUCGAAGCGCAGCAACGAGAGCCAGAGGAACGACCGCUUGCCGAGGCCUCAGGCCCAACUACUUCGAAACCAGAUGCCUCAUCUAUGACAGUGCCGUCUUCGAUCGCAAACACCUUGACAUUCAGCGCUACCUCUGCUGCCUCUCGGCCCUGGCCAAUGAAGCAAACCGGCACUCAAUUCGACGGUGCUGCCCAGCGCCAGGUGAUGACCGCGCAGCUACUCAAUUCACACGGUUUGCCCGCGACUCGACCGCCACCAAGAGACCUGCAGUCAAACAUGCAGCCAACCCAACUCUAUCAAAUGGCCACGUCGAUGCUGCCGGCUGAUUCGCAGCUGGCAUUCGCUGUGCAAGGAUCGCGAGCGGUGAUCACAUCGCAGAACCGUGUGCAACCUGCACGGGUUGCGCCGGUACCUUCGCCGCAUGUUCAGCCACAGCCGCCACGGCAGCCAAGUGUGCAACAAACAUCCUUGCAGCGAGUCCCGGCGACACCAUCUGGUGGCAUGCCAGCACCUUACGCAGCGACCAGAACUGCCAACCACCUGAUCAACAGUGUUUCAGCCAGAGCUGAAGAAUUGGCGGCCAAUGCAGCCAUCAAGCGUGUGAUGUGGAGCCUGGCUACUGACUGCCUGUCGCUGGCGGAUCACGUGGCGUUGUCGCCUGCAUCGGCGGUGCUCAACGUCCGAGCGCACUUUAGCGAAGCGGAUGUGGAGCAUGUGGUGAAUUUUGUGGUGGAAACGUACCGGCGCGAGAUGGAAGAGGAGCAUCUUGUUGAGCAAGGCGAGUCGAAAGCGGCGGAGCGAUUCCGCAAGAUCGUGGCGGUGCGAGCAGCGGCGGUGCAAGUGCUAAGUCUCACAAAGACACUGGCUCAGAUCAAGAUGUGUAUCACGGAGGCAACUCUGGCAUCGCUGCGUCGGUCCGGAAAGGCGUCAACGGAUGGCUGGUUGGAUCUGCUCGCCACUGCGCCCAAGUGGAAGGACGUAAAGCUGCAUCUGCUCAAUGGCAAACAUGGCUGGAUGAAUCUGUCCAGGGUAGAACUCGCCGUGCUCCUCCAGACGCAGGUCAAGGACGUGAACCGCAGCCUGGAUGCCGCACUCGAGAGCUUGAUGAGGAUGGAUAACUUGGUCGGCCCAGUGGAUCCGAGUGCGGACAAACAACAAGCAUCCAUGCACGAGGCACUCAGGAAGGAGUGUGAGCAGAUCGGUCGCAUGUGCUGCAAGCAUGUCGUUGGUGUCCUCCUCAGCAAUCCUGACGAGCAGCACUCGAUGAUGAGCGUCUAG